AUGGAUCCUAUUAGCGCGGUCUCUAUUGCGACGUCUAUUGUGACAUUUAUCGACUUCGCUGUCAAAGUCGUACUCCUCGGCCAUGAUGUUCAUCAGGAAGGCACCACCAUCGGCGUUUCUGAGAUCAAGCACCGAGCACAGGAACUCAAAUCCUGGGUCAAUGGCUUGCGUGCACCAAUCAGCGGUCGCAAGGACUCACUCAAGGAUGAAUAUGAAGCGCUUGACCGCAUCAUUGCAGGUUGCUCUGAAGUUGGGACGGAAAUCAUCAAAUAUCUUGAGGACCUCAUCCCAAAAGCGGACAAACGAUCUGCAUGGAGAAGCUUUCACAUUGCGCUUCGUACUAUCCUGAAGAAAGAGCAAAUCGAAGGGCUGGUCAGCAGGCUUGAAGGCUACCAGCAGGACCUCUCGUUACGCCUUCUUGCCCUGCUCAACGCGAAAACGGAUGUACACUCGUCAGAAGUGACUGAGCGUCUUGAUAGUCUCGAGACGGCGAGCAAGCGCAUCGUGCAGAUCUUGACAUUCACACAAAGUUCUUCCGCAUAUUCUACGUCACCUCGUGAUCUUACCAGAAACUUCGAGAACAAGAGCGAAGAUAACAGAAGAGAGAAAGUCCUCCGCGUUAUUCUGGGGCUUGAAGAUGGCACUAAACUGUCAGUCGCCGACCAGAACUUCGCACUUGCCGACCAAGAAGACUCGGCCCCUGGCAACUCAAUCGAGCGUGUGAUCACGUUCAGAGAUCAGUCCAACACACAACUCUUGGAAACGGUCUCCAACGAGCGAUUCUCGUCGCUUGCGACCAAAGUUUUGGCCGCGCUACAUUAUCGUGGGCUGCAAAGCAGAUUCAGCGAUACAGCGAUAGCCCAUCAUGACACGUACGAGUGGAUCUUCAAAGCGCCCAAGCAAGACCGUCGCUGGUCAGAUUUUGCGGAGUGGCUCGGUAGUGAGAACAGUCUAUACUGGAUCUCAGGAAAGCCUGGGAGCGGGAAGUCUACGUUGAUGAAGUAUAUCUGUUCACAUCCUCAAACGGUUCAGCUCCUUGAUUCGUGGAGGGAUGGCCUUACGUUGCUGCAGGCCCGGUUCUUCUUCUGGGCGGCUGGACACACCCUGCAAUCAUCGCAUGAAGGCUUAUUGCGAGGCCUGCUGUACACGCUUCUUGCGCAAUGUCCACGGCUUGUACCGUCCGUCUUUCCCGAAAUCUGCACGGAGAUUGUUGCUGGACGUGAGCUGGAUCUCUCUUGGACGUCUUCAGAGCUUAUGGAAGCUCUUCAUCUGCUUGUUGAAAACUCCAGAGGCCUCAAAAUCUGCCUCUUCAUUGAUGGUCUGGAUGAGUACGCUGGAGAUCACGGUGGUCUAAUUCGCGUUCUUGAAACGCUGUCUUCCUAUGAUAACAUGAAGCUGGUGCUGUCUAGCCGACCUCUAGCAGAGUUCAAUGACGCCUUCACCGAUAUGCCUCAGCUUCGAUUACAAGACCUGACGUAUCAAGACAUGAUAAACUUCGUUUCUGAUAGGCUGGAUAACUCUCGGGGCUUAAGAGAAGUGGAAGAGUUGAAUCCAGAGCUUCGUUUGACCUUGGUACGCGGCCUCUGCGACAAGUCAGCCGGCGCUUUUCUCUGGGUAGUCUUAGCGCUUCGUUCGAUUCUAGAAGGACUACAUAAUGGGGAGACGACAUCUACGUUGCAACGUAAACUCGACUCGCUCCCCCCAGACCUUCACGAGAUGUAUAAGCACAUGUUCAAAUCGCUUGACCCAGCGAUACAAAAGGGUACGGCUCGGAUGAUUCUCAUAACGCUGAGAAGCAGAGAAGUGCCAUAUUACGGUCCGAUAAGCCUUCUUCAGCUAGCUCUAGCCGACAACGAGGACACUACUGCUGAAAAGGCGAUCUCCGAGGAAGUGCGGAUCAUGUCGCCAGGCAAGCGACGAUCGCUAUGCUUGUGGAUGAAGCGAAGGAUCGAUGGCCAUAAGAAAGGCUUGCUUGAAGUCAAAGGCCAAGACAAUAUCGUUGAGCGAGGCUCGUCUUCUAUUGACGCAUGGGUCGGGUUCUACCACAAGACUGCUAUUGACUUCUUCCGCUCUGAUGAGACAUGGAACCUAUUGAAGACCCAAGCUGGCUCUGACUUCAACAUCGACCUUACUCUGCUCGUUUCAAGUCUUCUGGAGAUGAAGGUAUCGCCUUCGGAAACUGCAUUUGUAGCCGAAACCAGCCGUUCUGUCGCGAACUUGCGGCAAGGACUUUUGUUCGCUGGCUUCCUGGAGGGAAGUAGCCUUCGUCCCUACACGGCGUUAUUAGACGAUAUGGAACAAACAAUGAGAUUCCACUGGGCAAAGUCAACAAUGUCCAAGACAUUCGAACACUUUGCCAAACAGCAGGUCGAAAGACGGAUAUUCGUACGUGGUUCUGCCACGAGUUACGAUAUCCAGCGGUAUCCUUCUUUCUGGAGUCUUGCCAUGGAGAAUGGAUGUUUUCUCUAUGUUGCCGACAAAGCCUCGCGGGAAGAAUCCGUCACAGCCCAACAACGAACUUCGCUGACCUGUACACUCCUGCGGUACUACAUGGUAGGGGAACUUAUGCUGGACCGCCCUUCGCGCACGAAAGCAGUUACUGCGAUUCUCCAAAUUCUUGCUACGGAUGCCGAAGCUCUCACACGCAUGGAUGUAUACCGUUGCUGGGACACAUUCGCCAUGGACUUGUUCACAGCUGGGAACGAUUUAGCGUACCGAUCCGAGAACGCGAACAACACGAUGGAUCUAUGCCUCGCAUUCCUUAAUGAUCGCGAACUCCGACAACAUCCUAAAAUGACUGCUUCGGGUGUCCGACGUUCGCUCCGAGAAUUCCAAUCUAGAGUCAUAGCCGUAAAUUCAUCCGGCGCAAAGAGCGAUAGCACACAGCAAGAUCUGGACGAGUUCAACACGAAGUAUGACAAGGCUCUAACUAUGCUCGCAACGGAAUGGACGAUAGACAGCAGCAGAGCUUGGGAGUGGCCUGAGCCCGUGCCCAUUCUCAUCCUGUUCCUCCUGUUGUUGCUUGUCCUAAGUUACAACCUAUUAUUCUUCGGUUCGCUCGGUGGCCCGAGCACAACUCGAGACCAUUAG